UGCCUGAUGGAUCACGCGGUUCCGUUGCCGGAUAAUAAUCAAAAAGACCGUCUGCAUUGCUUAUGUUUUGAUGGUCAAUCCUUCAUGAUGCCCCGAUGUCUGCCGUUGCGAUGCGUUCUGACCUUGCUAUCAUCCCUGUGUGUGCUCGGAGAUGCCGAUUCUGCACAACAGGACGGUGCACCCCCUUCUAAAAUAGCCAUCAUCGGAGCAGGAAUUGGCGGAACUGCGACAGCACAUUUUCUGCGCCAGCACUUCGGACCCGAGGUGCGCAUUGAUGUGUUCGAGAAGGGCACGGUCGGGGGCCGGCUGGCAACGGUCACCGUCAACCACCAGGAAUACGAGUCAGGCGGCUCCAUCAUCCACUCCCUUAACCUGCACAUGCAAGACUUCGUAAAGCAGUUGGGCUUGAAGCACCGCAGAAGCGUGGCGGGGAAGACGGCUGUGUUCAAUGGGGAGGAGUUUAUCCUGGAGGAGACCGACUGGUACCUUCUGGACCUCUUCCGUCUUUGGUGGCGCUAUGGCAUCAGUUUUAUCCGCCUGCAGAUGUGGGUAGAAGAAAUCAUGGAGAAGUUCAUGAGGAUCUAUAAGUACCAGGCCCACGGCUAUGCCUUCAGCUCGGUGGAGGAGCUGCUAAGCUCUCUGGGCGGCUCCGGGUUCCUGAACAUGACGCGGCGCUCCCUGUCCGAGUCCCUGCUCGAGCUGGGGGUGUCCCAGCGCUUCAUCGACGAGGUCAUCGCCCCCAUCAUGAGGGUCAACUACGGGCAGAACGUCAGCAUUCCUGCAUUUGUAGGUGCUGUGUCGCUGGCGGGCGCUCAGGCAAACCUGUGGGCGGUGGAAGGGGGAAACAGGCUGGUCUGCCUGGGGCUGCUUAAACUGGCCAAGGCCAACCUCAUCCAGGCUGGCGUCACCACCAUAUCACCCCACAGCACCGGGGAAUCCACCCAGUAUCAGCUCCUUCACGAAGGUCCGGCGGGUAGGGGAUCGGGUCUCUACGACAUCGUGGUGGUGGCCACGCCCUUGCAGGACGGAGUCGGGGCGGCCAUUUCCUUCCCGGGCUUCGAGCCGGAGCUGCCGGCUGUCGGGGGCUCGUACCACCAGACUGUGGCGACCAUCGUGCACGGCUACCUGAACUGCUCGUACUUCGGCUUCCCCGACCCCAAGCUGUUCCCGUUCGCCAGCGUGCUCACCACCGACACUCCGGAGCUCUUCUUCAACAGCGUGGGCUGCGUCUGCCCCGUCAACGUCAGCGGAAGCUUCCGGCGCAAGCAGGCCCAGGAGGCGGGCGUCUACAAGGUCUUCUCCCCGCACGCGCUGGGGAAGCCCCAGCUCAAGACCAUCUUCCGCUCGUACUACUCCGUCCAGGUGACGGACUGGCAGGCGUACCCUCACUACGCCAGCGCCCGGGACCUGCCCCCCGUCGUCUUGCACGACGGCUUGUACUACCUCAACGGGAUCGAGUGGGCCGGCAGCGCCAUGGAGAUGAGCUCGGUGGCGGCCAAGAACAUCGCCCUGCUGGCCUACCACCGCUGGAGCCGGCAGCUGGAGAUGAUCGACCAGAAGGACCUGAUGCACAAGAUCAAGACCGAGCUGUGACCCCCCCCCCUGGCACUGAGGGUUUCUGGGAAAAUAAGUGUCAAGAGCAGGGCUGCCCGACCCUGUUCCUGGAGGACUACCGUCCUGUCGGCUUUCAUUUUAAACCUUAUUUCGCACACCUGAUUCUAAUAAUUAGCAGCUGACCAAGAUGUCUAGCUGUUGAAUGAGGUGUGCUUUGUUUGGGCUGGAGCGAGAACCUACAGGAUGGUAGAUCUCCAGGAACAGGGUUUGGCAGCCCUGGUUAAGAGGCAUCACUAUUACGGUGUCUCUGUGGUGCCUGGCCAGAGGUUGCCUGCAAAUACUACAAAUCACAUUUUGGGGAGGCCUAUGGCUUAUUACCGUCUUGAGUAUUAUUAUUAUUAUUUUUACAACCUCCUCUCACGUUUGGUUCUUUUCUGUUACGUUGACAUCUGCUUAAUGUAAUUCAGUUUCAAAUUCAAAUUCAGAAGUAGAAUUGUAGAAAGUUGAAAGUUUUAUUUUUUAAUUCCAGUGCGAGGUUAAAAACGAACCGCAUGAAAUAUACACGUUUUCCUAGCAGCAGACUGCUAUGAGGAAGUGCUGAUUGUCUCAUCGUCUUGUCUGAUUAAAUUGUAACCGGAUUUCUAGCAGGAAACGAGACGCAAACUUCAUCAGCAUUCAUUUUACAGCCACGUUCUGGGAUUCGGGACCUUUAUUUAUUUUGAAGGAACGUUUAAGCUCGGAUGAAUUUUGCACUGUUUUUGAAAAAUGCUAGUUGUACUGGUGCUGGCACAAAGAUCAUUUAAUUCUCCAUGAGAAAGAGAAAUUUACUGUAUUUGUUCUGGUUCGCUUUGUACCAGAUGGUAACAAAAUGUUUUAACUUGAUUAUGCCUUAAAAUGUGAAAGUUACUUUGUUCUUGGAUGAAAAAUCAAAUUGAGGGUUUGAAAUAAACCUAAAUUUGUGGCAAUUAAAUAUUCAAUUGGCUUGUUUCAUAGCAUGCCCUGAAAUUAAUAAAGGAAAUUAAAUAUAGUGCAUAAACUCAGUGAGCACUUUAUUAGGUAUUUAGUAGACUUAUUUUUUAGACUUAUUGAGUCUUCUGCUGCUGUAGCCUAUCCUCUUCAAGGUUUGACACUUGUGUGCAUGUGCUCGGAGAUGCUCUUCUGCAUACCACUGUUGUAAUGUGUGGUUUAUUUGCGUUACUGUCACCUUCCUGUCAGCUUCAACAAGUCUGGCUAUUCUCCUCUGACCUCUCUCAUCAUUAACAAGGAGUUUCUCCCUGCAGAACUGCUGCUCACUGGAUGAUUCUGUCUUUUUCGCACCAUUCUCUGCAAACUCCAGAGACUGUUGUGCGUGAGAAUCCCAGGAUAUCAGCAGUUACAGAAAUACUCAAACCAGCCCGUUUAGCAUCAACAAUCAUGCCACGGUCCAAAUCAUUGAGAUCACAUUUUUUCCCCAUUCUGAUGGUUGCAUGAUUUUAUGCACUGCACUGCUACCACACAAUUGGCUGAUUAGAUAAUCGCAUGAAUAAGUAGGUGUUCCUAAUAAAGUGCUCAGUGAAGUGCCAAGGAACAAAUUAUUGGAGUGGUCUAAUUCCCUAUUUAUUUAUUUGUUUAUUUAUGUUAGUAUCGCACUUUAAAUGUGUUAAUUACUUAAGUGAGGAUACCAACCAGAAAUUAGGCCACAGUUGCUAAGAAUAGAAAAUGAAUGGUUAUCUUUAAAAAUUAAAGAACAUUUGUGAAUGCUU